UCUCAGACGCCUGGAGGAAGCUUUUGCACUCCAGCCUCCAGCUUCCCUGAGUAUGUUGUUUGCGCAGCUUGGAGGUAGAGGCUCUCUGCAGCAGUGGCUAAGCCGGUUCUGUUAGGAGCGCACUAGUCUAGACCAGGACCCGCACAGAUACAUCUGGAUCCUACCUCUGCAGCUGCCCUUGCUGGCCACCGGAGGGGCUGUGGGGAAGAAAUCAACCUGCUAUUUGUCCAGUCAAAGAGCUGCACCCACACACAGGGCUCACAAACUUCAGCAUGCAGGAAGUUUGGGGAGAACUCGGCGAUUAGGAGUGGCAGUGGCGGCCGCUGAUUAUCUCUAGUGACGCGACUCUAGGGCAGGCAGCAGUGAGGUGCAGGGUUCUCUGGUUGGGAAAGCCCAGGUUUUUCUUGGAGCAACGCGGACCCGGGGACGCUGAUCCCGAUGUACCGUCUAGUCCUCUUAUACACUAUAGUGUGCGCAAACUUUUGCAGCUAUCGCGACGGCUUGGCAAUUCCUCAAAGUGGAUCUAUUAAAGCUUUGCGCUCAUCUAAUCUCAGGAGAGAUGCCGGCAAUCACCUCACAGACUUAUAUCGAAAAGAAGAGAUAAUCCAGGUGAUGGGAAAUGGCAUCGUACAAAGUCCUCGAUUCCCUAACAGCUACCCCAGGAAUCUGCUACUUACAUGGAGGCUCCACUCGCAGGAAAAAACCAGAAUACAGUUGGCUUUUGAUAAUCAGUUUGGAUUGGAGGAGCCUGAAAAUGAUAUCUGCAGGUAUGACUUUGUGGAGGUUGAAGAUAUAUCUGAAACCAGUACUGUUAUAAGAGGCCGGUGGUGUGGACAAAAGGAAGUCCCUCCAAGGAUAACUUCAAGAACAAACCAAAUAAAGAUAACCUUCAAGUCUGAUGACUAUUUUGUGGCUAAACCAGGAUUCAAGAUUUAUUAUUCUCUUGUGGAUAAUUUCCAACCUCCAGCAGCCUCGGAGACCAAUUGGGAGUCAGUCACAAGCUCCCUUUCAGGGGUAUCCUAUCACUCUCCAUCAGUGACCGAUCCCACGCUCACAGCAGAUGCUCUCGAUCAGACAGUAGCUGGAUUUGACACUGUGGAAGACCUGCUCAAGCACUUUAAUCCAGAAACCUGGCAGGAAGAUCUUGAAAAUCUAUAUAUGGAUACCCCUCAAUAUCGAGGCAGGUCUUACUAUGACAGGAAAUCCAAAGUGGACCUGGAUCGGCUGAAUGAUGAUGUCAAGCGCUACAGUUGCACUCCAAGGAACUACUCUGUCAAUCUGAGAGAAGAGCUCAGGCUGACCAAUGUCAUUUUCUUUCCACGGUGCCUUCUCGUCCAGCGCUGUGGUGGGAACUGCGGCUGCGGAUCGAACAACUGGAAAUCCUGCACAUGCACCUCAGGGAAAACUGUGAAAAAGUACCACGAGGUGCUGAAAAUUGAACCUAGUCAUUUCAAGAGAAAGGGAAAAACUAAGAACAUGGCUCUGAUUGAUAUUCAACUGGAUCAUCAUGAGCGCUGUGAUUGUAUAUGUAGUUCACGACCACCUCGAUAAAAAUCAAUGGACAUGCUCUUUUUAAGAGUGAAAGACCUUUUCAUUUUAAAGAGGGUGCUGUAAGAGAACCUUCUCCUAUAGACACCAGAACUUUGCUACUAGCCUGCAUUGCAAUGAGUAAAACUGAUGGCUGAAUUUCAGCAUAGCUUUGCUAGUGCCACGGCAGCUAGAUAUGUGUAUUAUAGACUUCUGUAUCCAAACAUUUAGGACUAAGUUUAGUAGUGCUAUCUGAGAUAAGGUCAACAUAAAUACACAUAAUGUAUCUGUGUCUAUCUAUCUACAUGUAAAUAGGUAGAUUGAAUGGUUUCUCCAAUUUAUAUAAGCAGCUGUAACUAGAUUCUACAUCUGGAUUUAUGUCUUAUUCUUAUGAAGCCCUUUGAAGAAGCCAGUGAAUUGUGAAAUGCCAUAAAAGUUGUCUGUAGAGAAGCCAAUUUUGUCUAUUUGUGUAAAACAGUUUUGAAUCUUUGAAAUAUCAAACUUUUGAAAAAAA